AAUUCGUCCUUGGUAUCUUUUUGAAAAAAUUUUGGCAACCUUUGGAACAUUCUUCCUUUUAUACGUAAAUACCGAAACAUAUAUAAUUCCCAUCCUUCCUAAUGUUUCAACUUCAUUUUAUCAUACCAUGUGCAUUUGUAACGUAUUUGCGGAAUUAACUUGUUUUGCUGAUCGUAAUUUUUAUGAUGACUGGUGGAACAGUACAACAUGGGAAGAAUUCGCAAGAAAAUGGAAUAAACCCGUACAUCACUUUUUAUUACGACACGUGUAUCAAUACUCAAUUGAGUCAUAUAAAUUAUCUAAAAGAGAUGCUACAUUUAUGACAUUCUUUUUAUCAUCUUUAAUACAUGAACUUGUUAUGGUCGUAGUAUCUAAAAAAAUCAGAAUGUACUUAUUUUUCUUACAAAUGCUUCAACUUCCUUUAAUCUGGUUAAGCAAAUUACCUAUAAUUAAAGAAAAAAAAUGGCUCGGUAAUGCAUUCUUUUGGUUUGGAUUAUUUUUAGGACCACCAUUGUUAGGAAUCUUAUAUUGUAGAGAAGUAUUUGCUUCGGAUUAA